AUGCCCAAAAUAGGCAUAACACAUAACUGGCAAGAAAAAUACAAUUGUGAACAAGACUUUGAACAAGUACACUUAUCUAGACCCGAUAUAGAAAACAAAGGAUUCACAGAAUGGCAAUACCCCGAAAAUUGGGAUAACGGAACACACGGAAACAACUAUGUACACAUAUCUACAAGUCUAUCAAUAAGUAAUGCAGGAAAGGAAUACACUAGAAGUGACGGAACCAAACACAAACCAAAUUUAGCAAGAAUAUUAGAAAAAAUAGAUUAUGCAAGAAAAGCAAAAAUGAAAGGAGUAAUCAUACACUGCGGAUCCAAAAAUGGAAAAGAUAUGAAAAAAGUAGGAAAACAUGGGAAAAAGAAAAAAGUACCCAUAACACAAAAAGAAUUUGACGACAACUGGAAACAAAUAAUAAACAAUAAUGAAGCACAUGGAAGAAAUAACCCACAAGAUAAAGUAAAAAUAUUUGUAGAAAAUAGCGCAUCCAAAAAUUGUUAUGGCGCAAAAUGGACGGAACUACGGAAAAUAGCGAAAGAACCAAACGUUGCUAUUUGCAUAGAUACAAUGCACUGGUUUGCAACAGGAAAUUCAUGGGAAGAAUUAUACGAAGCCACAAAAGAUAACAAAGUACAACUAUUCUACUUAAAUGACAUACCACAUGCAGUAACAUUAGGAAGCGGAAUAGAUCGAUACGAACAAAUAGGGAAAGGACAGUUACCUGUAUCAGUAAUCGAACACGUGAUAACACAAGGAAAAGACAUCAUAAUAGAAACACCAAACCCAUGGCAAUGGGGAAGAGAAAUUCUUAAUUUAAGAAAAUGA